AUGAAGUCAGCCACCUUCUCCCUUCUGCUGCUUAUCCUGCUGGGUGUGGCCUGGUGCGGAGACAGCCACAGCUGGGGUUCAGAUCUGCCAUCGCUGCAGAAGAGGGCAGGUGGUGCCGAGCAGUUUUCUCAGCCUGAAGCAGCAAGACAAGAAUUGUCAGCUGUCACAUCCAAGAACUACUACAAUAACCCACAGGGGAAUCCUACUUAUAACUGGCAAUACUAUACCAAGGCUACUACUGCCAAGGGAGCAGUCACACCUUCAUCGUCCUCGGCUUCCCGGGCACAACCUGGCCUUCUGAAGUGGCUGAAGUUUUGGUAGAAAAUUCCUUCUAGUCACAGCUGACCCUUCAUGAACACAGGUCUUCAGGGAGCUUGACUGUACUGACCCACAGUUCUCCUUACUGUGCCAGACCUACCUGGGUGUUGACACUCCAUCAUCCCACCUGGGGACCUGGUUUACCUGUCUUCGUCCUCCCCAUUCAGCUGUGGUGUCUGGAGACGAAUCAGCCUCGUUGGAUAACCAGCCAGUGUCUUCCCUUUGUCCUGUGUGCAGCUGGAAGUUCCUCCAACAACGCACUAGGAACUUCCUCCCUUCAAAUCUCCCUGUGAAAAUAAACAUGACUUCUUCAUUUUCCUUA